UCCCCCCUUCUCAUCUUCGCUCUGUUGCUCUCUAAACUUCGAUUUCCCAAAAUCCUCUGUUUUUCUCUCUUCCUUCUCCCAUGGCUUCUUCUCUCCACUGCCUAAUUUUCGACUUGGACGACACCCUCUACCCCUUCAACACCGGGAUCGCCACUGCCUGCAAGAAAAACAUCGAAGAUUUUCUGGUGGAGGAAUGCGGAUUCCCCAAAACCCAAGCCCCGAUUCUCCGGACCGAGCUCUUCAAAACCUACGGCAGCACCCUCGCCGGUUUGCGAGCAUUGGGCUACGACAUCCACGCCGAUGACUACCACAGUUUCGUGCACGGGAGGCUGCCGUACGACCGGAUCAAACCGGACUUUCAGCUGCGGCGUCUCUUGCUGACCAUUCCCCAGAGAAAAAUCAUAUUCACAAAUUCCGACAGGAAGCACGCCGGAGAAGUGUUGGGGCGGCUGGGGCUGGAGGGUUGCUUCGAGAAGAUCAUAUGCUUCGAGACGAUGAACCCGAACCUCGAUAAGGCCAGUUUCCCCAGCGAGUUCCCGGUCCUUCUCAAGCCGUCCAUGGACGCCUUCAGAAUCGCUCUUGACGUCGCCGACGUUGACCCUGCUCGUACGCUAUUUUUCGAGGACAGCAUUCGGAACAUUGCUGCUGGAAAAGCAAUUGGUCUCCGCACCGUUUUGGUGGGGAAGGCAGUGAAGAGCAAGGAGGCGGAUUACGCUAUGGAGACGGUACAUAAUCUAGCGCAAGCAAUUCCAGAGAUUUGGGUGAGCGUAGAAUCAGACGAUGACGAUGAAAUGAUCAAUCGCAGCCGAAGCGAAGUUGAUUCUGUUCUUGUAGCGACAGCUGUCGGUGCUUAAAUUAGUUGGACAAUAUUACCCUUUCAAUUAUGCUGGGUGGUGGACCCUGUUAAUGAAUGUACAAAAUCCUUCCCUCCACAUAAUUGGCAAAUAUAAUAAAUAUAAUAUAUAUAUAUGAACAUAUAUUUUAAUCUUUCAAUAAAUUUCCUUAGUUUUCUUUCGUCACAA